AGUCGGAGGAUAACCGAGACAAAAGGAUUGCUUUGCUUGGCGAAGUUGGUGGAAACAGAACAAGGUGAAUUGCAAUAUAAUUGUUUGAUGGCAAUAAUGGAGAUUACAGCUUCUGCAGAAUCCAAUUCCAAUCUUAGACGUGCAGCUUUUAAAACGAAUUCGCCCGUUCCUAAGGCUGUUAUUGAUCAGCUUUUGAGGGUGAUCAAGGAAUUGGGUAGUCCUACAUUGCAAGUCCCUGCUAUUAGAUCAGUUGGUUCAUUGGCAAGGACUUUCCCAGCUCGGGAGACUCGAGUGAUCGGUCCUUUGGUGAAACAUCUUGACAAUAAGGAUCAAGAAGUGGCUGUGGCUGCAAUUGCAUUGCAGAAGUUUGUAUGUCCAGAUAAUUUCCUCUGUAUGGAUCAUUCCAAGUCGAUAUGCGAGUUCAACGGUGUUCCACCUUUGAUGAGAUUGCUUAGAUGCGGGGACAGGGCGCAUCUGCAUGGGCUAGUACUGCUCUGCUACCUCGCUAUACACGCGGGUGAUAGCAAAGCUUUGGAACAAGCUAGGGUUUUGACUGUCAUCGAGGGGGCAGAGGCAGACCGGACGGUGGUUGCGCACCAUCCUGAGUUGAAAGAAUUGGUGACAAGGGCCAUAUAUCAGCUCAACCUUUAUUACAGCGGAGUCCAUCCACAGAGGCAAAUGUAUGGACCUUAA